UAGAAGAAUGACUACACAAAAGACAUCCAAUCAGCUAAGAGAGACUGAGAGAGAGAGAGUGAGAAAAGGGAAGCCCAAACCUCCUGUUGCAGUCUGCCGUCUGUCUGAGAAAGGAAAAGAAGAACUGCUGUGUUCUGUGUUUAUUUGAAGGUCAUGUUGCCGCAGUGUGAGAGAGCAAGGAGUAUAAGUGGACGUCCAGAAGGACCGUAUCGGGCGGUAGAAUGCGCAGAUGCUCUCAUAACACAGGACUUUGAAGGCGUGGACACGCUGGACAAACUUUUUAUACAUGCUGUGAAGAGAUUUAGUAAGGCACCCUGUCUGGGCACCAGAGAGGUCCUUAGUGAAGAAGAAGAAAAACAACCCAAUGGGAAGAUCUUUAAGAAGUUGGUCUUGGGGGACUACAGCUGGAUGACCUAUGAAGAGGCCAGUCAAGCAGUGGAAUCUUUUGGCAGUGGUCUGGCAGCUUUGGGCCUGCAGCCACGUAAUACCAUUGCCAUCUUUUGUGAGACACGGGUAGAAUGGAUGAUCACAGCACAGGCCUGCUUCAGACGCAACUUCCCAUUGGUAACGCUGUAUGCAACUCUGGGUGAAGAUGCUGUAGCUUAUGGGCUGAAUCAGUGUGGAGCCACUCAUCUCAUUACCAGCACAGAACUGCUGCGGACCAAACUGAAGAACAUUUUGAGUGCAGUUUCAGGGUUGCAGCAUGUUAUCUAUGCAGGCAGUGGUGAAGUAUGUCAUGCUGAUUACCCACAGUCUCUCGCCAUGCACAGCAUGCAGGAAGUAACGGAGCUCGGGGCAAAGCCAGAGAACUUAAGCAAAGAGUAUGAGAAGCCGACUGCGUCUGAUCUCGCAGUGGUGAUGUACACCAGCGGGUCUACAGGAAGGCCUAAAGGAGUGAAGAUGCAACACAGUAAUCUGAUUGCAGGAAUGGCUGGGCAGUGCCAGCGGAUCCCAGGCCUGGGGUCCCAGGACACUUAUGUUGCUUAUCUCCCACUGGCUCAUGUGCUGGAGCUGACGGCAGAAAUAUCCUGUGUGUCAUAUGGCUGCAGGCUCGGAUACUCAUCCCCACACACACUCACGGACCAGUCCAGUAAAAUAAAGAUCGGUGGCAAGGGAGAUUGCUCUGUGCUUAAACCCACACUGAUAGCGGCAGUACCGGAGAUCAUGGACCGUAUCUGCAAGAACGUUAAUGGGAAGUUAAGAGAGAUGUCAGUGGUUCAGAGGACUCUGUUUAAAGUGGGAUACAACUAUAAGCUACAGAAGGUGUCACAAGGAGCCGAUUCUCCGGUGUGUAACAUGCUGUUUUUCAAGCGUGUGAAUUUGCUGCUGGGAGGGUGUGUACGUCUGAUGUUGAGCGGAGGGGCUCCACUCUCUGCUUCCACACAGAGAUUUAUGAACGUGUGUUUCUGCCCUGUCGCUGUGGGUUACGGACUUACAGAGACGUGUGGAGCAGGAACUAUCUCAGAAUUUUCUGAUUACAGUACAGGACGAGUUGGAGCUCCUCUCAUUUGCUCUGAAAUAAAACUGCGAGACUGGCCUGAGGGUGGAUACACCAGUCAGGACAAGCCACACCCACGAGGAGAGAUUCUGAUUGGUGGACCGAAUGUUGCCAUGGGAUACUUUGGGAGUGAGGGGGAGGGAGAAAAUGUCAACUUCUGGGUGGAUGACGCAGGGCAGCGCUGGUUUUGUACUGGAGAUGUUGGGGAAGUUCAUCCAGAUGGUUGUUUGCAGAUUGUGGAUCGUAAGAAGGACCUGGUGAAGCUGCAGGCAGGUGAAUAUGUGUCUUUGGGGAAGGUAGAAUCUGCCCUGAAAGACAGCCCCCUCAUUGAUAACAUCUGUGUCUAUGCCAGCAGUGAAAAGAACUACUUGAUCAGCUUUGUGGUGCCCAAUCAGAAGCAAAUGACUGAGCUGGCAAAAAAGAAUGGGAUAGAGGGCGAGUGGGAGGAGCUUUGUAAACACACCAAGAUGGAGGAGGAAAUACUAAAAGUCAUCAAAGAGAUUGCAGUAACAAGUAAACUGGAAAGGUUUGAGGUUCCAGAGAAGAUCUGUUUAAGUUCUGAGGCUUGGACUCCAGAAACAGGGCUGGUGACGGAUGCCUUCAAACUAAAGAGAAAAGAGCUGAAAAAUCAUUAUAUAAAGGACAUUGAGAGGUUAUAUGGGGCUAAAUGAUGGACAUGCAACACUCAUCUAAGCUGAUUCCAAACUGGUGUACUACUAUGCUUUGUAGAUUACUAUCCCCCUAAUCAUAGUAUUGCAUCAAAAUGCAGUUUUACUCUGAUCCUGUCUAACUCCAUACACUAGACAUGAUUAAAAGUCUGCUAAUUGGGAUUCAUCCGUCACUGCAAAUCCUGCUGUUAGCAGUAGAAACACCAUUCUUCCCCCUGCUGGAUGUAAAUUGUCAUUACUUUCUCUGUGAGUAAGUACUGUGAGGAAUAGAUUAUUUUUACUUAUAAAGGUGCAUUGAAGCAUAUCUAUGUCAAAUAUUUUUUUUAAUUGCCACCUUUACUUGAAAGCGUUUUUGGGAUGCAGUUAUUAAAUGUUACAUUUUUAGUUGCAUGGUGUUUUUGUUUGUUUGCUUUAUUGUUUGUUAGAGUCCAUUAAACAAAAGCUGAUGCAGUGUUGUUUAGUGUGAGUCACCCAGCUGAUUUCUGAAGGCAAGAGUGGUAAAGGUCACUUAUGAUCAGCAGAAAUAAAGCUGGGAACUGUGUAAACUACAGAAUAUGAUGUGGGAUGACUUUGUUUACACAUGUAUGCUCAGGUGCACAUAGACAGAUUUAUGUGUGUGUGUGUGUGUGUGUGUGUGUGUGUAUAUAUAUAAAACCAUAUCAACAUAUCCAAAACAGCAUAAACAGUUUUCAUCAUAUGUUUUAACAUACAUUUAUUAUUUGCUUAAACAAACCAAACAUCCUGUUUUUGUUUUUGUUUUUUAUGUCUGUGAUUUGAUUUAGUUUGAGACAUUUCAAAUGUUUUUUAAGUGUUUUUUACUCACAUUUAAGCUCUAUACCUGUAUACAUAAAUUUUAUUAUUGUUUAUUUUUUUAUUUUUUGUGACAGCUUUAUUCUGAUAUCACUCCUUUUCUAUAUAAACACAAAUCCUUCUCCGUCCACCAUCAUUUCACUGAGUUUUGACACUUCUUGCAUUCUCUUGCUUGUCUGCACAUUUCAGGUGUAUUAAAACAAAACGUCCACGGACACUAAUUAUUAAUCACUCUCAUUAAAAGAAAAGGAAAAAAACUUUCCAAAUUAGGUACUAUUUUUCAGCUAUUUUGUUCCUUAUUUAUCUGUCAAACCUCGUUUUCUGAACUUUGUUAUUGCUGAAUUCUUCAAUCUCACUAUGUGAAUCAAAGUGUAAUAAGGAGACCUGGACGUUUAACCCUUUUCUGUCAGAGCUGUGUUCAUUUGUCAAAGUUUGAUCUAUUCUUCUAACUCUUCCAUUUAAUUUGAAAUGGCAAAAUAAAUACAUUUUUAUGUCCUCAAAU